UAUUGGAUUCCAUAGAGACGGGCAAACAUAUUUUUUGGUGUUGCCAGAUAGCUAACAAGCUAUACCUCAUAGAAGAAGCUAACCAAUCUAACAUCCAAGAUAAGGCUCCAGAAGAUUUCCUUGGGUGAUUGAGUGCCACAACACGAACAAACUAUGUCCUUUAGAGACUUACGAAAUUUCACAGAAAUGAUGCGGGCUCUGGGCUAUCCUCGCUUGAUAUCCAUGGAGAACUUCAGGACCCCCAACUUUACCCUGGUGGCAGAAAUUCUCAUUUGGCUUGUGAAAAGAUAUGAACCGCAAAUGGACAUACCGAGUGACGUGGACACGGAGACAGACAGGAUUUUCUUCAUAAAGGCAGUGGCCCAAUUUAUGGCAACAAAGGCUCACAUCAAGGUGAACACAAAGCGUCUGUACCAGGCUGAUGGGUACGCUGUGAAAGAGAUGUUGAAGAUCACCUCAGUGCUGUACAGUGCCAUGAAGACCAAGGAGAUGGCCUCAGGGGACAAAGUGGAGGAGGACAAUAGCAAAUUCAAGUUUGACUUGGGUUCCAAGAUUGCAGACCUGAAGGCAGCGAGACAGCUGGCCUCGGAGAUCACGUCUAAAGGAGCGUCGCUUUACGACCUGCUGGGGAAGGAGGUGGACCUGAGGGAGAUGAGAACUGCUGCCAUCUCCAGACCCUUGGAGAUCAACGAGACAGAGAAGGCCCUCAGAGCAGCCAUCAAGGAAGUUUUGGAAAGUGUGGAUAAAACCAAAGACAUGCUGAACAACGUGUCCUCAGAUGAGACCAGCCUGGAGUCCAAAAUGGAGAAGAAGAAACAGGAGCUGGAGAGGAAUCAGAAGAGACUCCAGACGCUACAGAGUGUACGGCCAGCAUUCAUGGAUGAGUAUGAAAAGAUUGAGGAGGACCUGCAGAAGCAGUACGAGACCUACGUGGAGAAGUUCCGUAACCUGAGCUUCCUGGAGCAGCAGCUGGAGGACUACCAUAGACUGGAGCAGGAGAGGUUUGAGGAGACUGAGAACACCCUUAGGAUGAUGCAGCACAAACUGCGGGAGGAGGAGAGGAGGCUGAUGAGGAGUGGAGGUGACACGCGUUCAGUAACACACACCUCCAAAGACGAGGACUCUGAUAUGGACAUCCCUGAGGACGAGGGUUCAGACAGUGAUAUGGAGGAUCGCAGACCCUCUAAACCCCGUCCCACCAGAAACGGCCCUAUGACAGGGAGAGGCGGAGCGCGGCUCGUCGGCAACAUGCAGGGUGGAGACAGCGAGGAGACAGAGGACAGUGAAAUAGACGUGGACGAGGAUGAUGAUGAGGAAGGUGAGGAGGAGAAUGAGGACCUGGAGGACGACAACGACAGUCUAGAAGUCCCGGCGCCCAAGCCAUCCCGGGUCUCCAGGGGGCCCUUGAGGCCCCAGCUAUUAGAGGAGAGCGAUAACGACUUUUAAGCUGACACACACACACACACACACACACACACACACACACACACACACACACACACACAUACACAUCCACCCACACUGUAUCACAGCUCGUGAGCACCGAGGACAAACAAAACACUGUCCAAUCUGAGCUUCCUGUUUCUGAGUGUUAUCUAGCUCCGCGGUCCACCACUCAGUAGUAAAUGACUGAAUCAUCUUAACAGCAAGCGUGCCAAUAGAGCCAGGUACGAGGAGAGCUAGCUACAGUAGCACUCCUUAGUUCUCCUCACACGGGGCCGUAACCUUGGAGACUUCCUGCUGGCCAGCAGCCGGAGCAACAGCCACUCAUUUUGACAAAUCACCUUCACUCUCCUGAUUUGGCCCUCUUCACUCUGUCCUCUGCCCCAUGUGGGCGGAACAGGGUUGGACAGCCCUGACCUAGAGCCUGACAUGCCACGUUUCAAGCAUAUACUAGCACAAAUUACAGUCCUGUAGAAUAUUAAAGCCUGGAUUCAAUCUGAUCAGUGAAAAUAAGACCAGGAAGUGAGGAAGUCAAUUUGGUCAACAAAAGUGUUUAUUGAUCAUUUUGAUACGUGUGGCUUAUUUGUAUUUGAAUUGACGUUUCACAACGGUUAGGUUAUUACGAACGCACUGACAUAAGUGGAUGCACGUGGCAUUUUGGCAACAAACAAAAAAACUUUCUAUCAGAGUUGUGCCCGGCGGUCACGCGUAUCUGCACUCAUUGGCUAGAAUGGUCCCACCUGGUCAAAGCCUCCUCCCACCUGCCUUCCAUCAAAGACCGUACAGUGCUUCCAUUUCCAUCUUUGAGGACAUGUAUUUCCAGUGUUGGUCUCUGCGAACGUGGAAACAUUGCCUUGAAAAGGUCCAUACCUGACAAAGCAAGAUUGGAUUGUAUUCCGGCCUUAUGAUUCAGAUUGACAUCCACAUAGUAUUGUUUUGGCGGUGUCGGGAACUGCGAGCUAUCAAAUCCACAAGAGGCUCAUUGCGUUACCUUAUCACAGACACUGCCAUUGGAUGCAACGAAACCACACCUCCACGCCUGACUAUAAAUCGACAAAUCCCAUGCAUCCAUACAACUUCAAACACAGAAUUAGACUGAUCGGCUUAUUAAAUCCCCUCCCCAUCCAAAUGAACAUGAAAACUUAUAUCAGCCCAACAUAAAUGGUUUGACAUUGGAGUCAUUAUUUCUAACAUGGAUAGAACAUUCACUUUCUAGUGCUGUUUUGAACUUCAAACGUAGAAGGGAUCACAAGGGAGUGGUUUGUGACACGUGUGCAACCGCUUACCGAUAUGUGUCGGCUCAUAACGCAGUUACACCUCCAACGUCAUCAAAACAUCUGCUAUGCAGCUUAACGCUCAAUCUAAUUGAAUCCAGGCCUUAAUCUUUUCAUGAAAUACUAAAGCUUGCUGUAGUAUAAAAUAUAGAUUUUAUGUAUCCCAUUGUGCCAGUAAUAGACCCUUUCCUCUGGGGGUUGUGAUCAGCACAAUGUGCUUUAUCUCAAUGUCAUUUCAAGUACAGUACUAUAUACUGUAGGCUAAAUAUAUGUAAUUUCCUGUAUCUAGUGAGAUCUUUACCAUCUGGGCAUGAGGGUCACUGCACACUACAGUACACUACAGUGUGGUUGUCUGUCUUUGAAUCUUCCAGUAUGUAUGGUGCACACAUCAUACAUCCUGUAUGAACUGUAUACGUCAUGUCACACACAUUUUCAAUUCAUAUAAAGGCAAUGUAUAUGUAGCUGCUUUAAGAUAUGUUUAUUAGGAAAAUAAAUGUACAUAAAUAAUAUUUAAAUGUCAGUCGGUAUUAAUAUACACAAUUCCCCCGACAGUCCCAAUGUAAUAGAUCUUAAAAUAAGACCUACAACAAAUAUCCCUACGGUUUGUCUUUGUGGCUGUCCGUCAGAAGCUAGAUCCAAUGAGCCAGGCUGAUGGGUAGCCUCUGAAAUUCUUACUCUACAUGUCCAUUGCAAAGACAAAGACUUCUCCAUGGGCAAUGGAUGUGUUCAGAAGGGUGAACCGUGUUAUAUAUCAAUGUACUGUAAUGUUUAACCCUCCUGAAUAAGCCCCUGGGGACCGAUGGCCUUUGACCUCUGGCGUAACCUUGAGGUCAGAUCUCCACCACACAGUCUGGAGAGUUGGUUCUGAUGGCAUCAGAGAUGACCUUUGCUCCCGACUCUCCGAUGCCGUUCCCUUGCAAGCUGGAGGAGUGGAGGAGCAUGCAUUAAAGCUCGAGUGAGUGCACACUCAAGCACGCACACACACAGUCUUACACAUACCUUUUUAUAUUCAAAAUACAGUGCACACCAAACUGUGUAUGAAAAGUCAGCAGGAUACACUCACUUUAUAUAAGUUAGCUGGUGGUUUCCUUUCAGGGCUGUGGCAAUGAAUAUGGCUCCAUCCAUUCCCAGAGAGUUCUCCUGCAGACUGCACACACAUUACAUGCAUCAAAAGGCGCAUGUAGAAUCCAACAUGAGGUCUAAGGCACAACCAGACAAAAACACUCAAAAACAAGACCGCAAGUUCAUUUGGAAGUAAUGUAUUGUGGCAGCACUCUGAAAUUGCUAUCUGAGGGAACUGAAUGUACCGGUGUAUACGUGUGUGUGGUUGUCUGUCUUUGAAUGUCUGCAUCAAACACUUUCUACUCGAGCCUUUCGUGUGAUGUUUCUCUCUCUCUGACUCAGUGCUUGGAUGAACUAAGCACAACAACGAAAAUAUACCCACGCACAAUUACUAUAUACACUCCCCUACGUAUUUAUUUGGACAGCUAAGAUCAAAUGUUUAAUUUGACUCUAUCCUCCAGCAAUUUGGAUAAACGGAUUCAUUUGUUUAGUAGGAGGCGACAGUACAGAAGCGCACCUUUUAUUUGUGGGUAUUUUCAUACCUGUUUUACCAUUCACGAAUGAAAGCACUUUAUGUAUUUAGUCCCCCCAUUUGACGGUGUCAUAAGUAUCUGGACAAAUUCCCUUAUAGUGCAUUACAUUGUGUCAAACAUUUAGUAUUUGGUCCCAUAUUCUUAACAUGCAAUGACUACAUCAUGCUUGGAGCCAAAUGGAAUGUUUUAGCUUCACUGCCCAAAUAAAUACAUAUGGGAGUGCAUAUCAGUGUGAAACAUAAUUAUGGAGUCCACUGGAAGCCAGAGAGAGGAAGUAUGACUAAUAUCCCUUACUGAAACAGUUCAGGUGACUAAAGCUCGAUAAAUGUGUAGAAUUACAACCAGCACAAUCAAAGACGGGUACAUAAAUACAGUGCCUUCAGACAUACCUUGAUUUUUUUCCCCCACAUUUUGUGGUGUUACAGCCUGAAUUUAAAAUUGAUUAAAUUUAGAUUUUGUCACUGGCAUACACACAAUACCCCAUGAUGUCAAAGGUGAAUUCUAAUUUUCGAAAUGCUUUGAAAUGUAUUAAAAAUUAAAAGCUGAAA